CUUGACUGUGAGAGCUGGGCGAAAAGAAGGAGGAUAUUCGCGGUGGAAAAUGUUCAAAAUUGAAUUAAUGUGACAGCUUUCGGAUUUAAAAUUACACAUGAAUGAACACCGAGGAAAGAUGAGUCGAUGUGAGGACGAUGCAGAGACACACACCUGAGCUCUGUGUAAAGACCUGAGGAGGAGAUGAUCCCUGAACCCUCGGCUACAGCUGCAUCCAGGACCUCAGAGCAGAAUCAGAACUCUCACGAUGAGGCGAACUCCUCCGAGGUUGUCAAUCAUUCAGAGGACGAGUCCGGGAACGAGAACAGACAAAAGAGCGUGAGACGAAGAAAACGACCACACAAGGGCUCAGAGAAUGUCAAGAGCAAAAGUGCCAAAGCCAGCCGCAGCAAUGUUGGCAGAGCAGGAAGCAGCCACGGUAAACAGAGGCAGGUGGAGGCCGUCACCCUGUUCGAGGUCAUCACCAUGGGCAGGAGCGCCAUGCAGGCGGUGAUUGAUGACUGGAUCGAGGCGUAUGUGACGGACAGAGACUCAUCUCUCCUCGAUCUCAUCAGCUUCUUCAUCCAGUGCUCUGGAUGCAAAGGUGUGGUCACAGCAGAGAUGUGUCAGAACAAAGAGGACAAUGAGGUCAUGAGUAAGAUGGUGGAGGAGCUGGAUGAGGUCGCUGGUCUGCAGUAUAAGAAGUUCCUGGCCUUUCCCUGGAUCCUCACAGUCACGUGGCCCAUGGACACAGACAGUGUGGAGUACCCUCUGAUACAACCUGGUCCGUACGGUCGCUGGUUCCACUCCGAGUUCUGCGACUUUGUGUCGGUGCUCGUAGCUCAGUGUCAGCACAGUGUCAUAUUCGACAGCUACCUGAUGAACACGCUCAUCUCGCUGCUCACAGAGCUGUCAGACUCCUACAUACGGGCUUUCAGACACACCUGCACAUUAGCAGCGGUGAAGCUGCUGAGCUCUCUGGUGUCUGUGGCUCUGAGUCUGAGUGUCGGCAUUGAAAACAGUCAGAAGCUUUAUGAGGUGCAGAAGAGGAAAACGAUGAGGCAGAAGAGCACGCUGCAGCAGGAGAGGAUACAGAAGAAGAUCACAGAGCUGCAGGAGAAGAGGGCGGAGAUAGAGAGCAUGAUGGACGUCAUCUUUAAAGGAGUGUUUCUGAAGAGAUAUCGCGAUGUGCUUCCAGAAAUCCGCUCCAUCUGUAUGGAGGAGUUGGGUUUGUGGAUGAAGCUCUACAGUUCGGCCUUUCUCAAUGACAGCUACCUCAAGUACGUGGGCUGGAUGAUGCACGACAAGAUACCAGAUGUGCGUCUCAAGUGUGUGUUAGGGCUACAGGGUUUGUAUGGAGAUCCUCCGCUCCUCCCUAAACUGGACCUGUUCACGAACCGCUUCAAGGACCGGAUGAUCUCCAUGACCUUAGAUAAGGACAAUGAAGUGGCGGUGCAGACGAUGAAACUACUGCUUCUUAUCUCCAAAACAUCUGAUGAUGUCCUCACUCCAGACGACUACAAUCAACUGCUCCAGUUUGUGUACUCGUCACAGCGCCCUCUGGCGGCCACUGCAGGGGAGCUUCUGUUCUCACGGCUUCUCAACACUGUAGCCCCUGCAUCUGAUACUCAGGAUGACAUAAAUGAGGAGGAGGUGCAUCAACAACAAACAUCUGCCAGACUGAAGGCUCUGCUGCAGUUCUACCAGGAGUCUGAGCUGCACAAUCAUGUGGUGUACCUCGUGGACAGUCUGUGGGACUGUGGUGGAGCCUUGCUGAAGGACUGGCCCACACUCACGUCUAUACUGCUGCAGGACUCUUCCUCACACGGUCCAGGUCUUACUCUCGAGGAAGAAGCGGUGCUUGUGGAGAUCCUGGUCGCGUCGGUGCGUCAGGCUGCUGAGGGAUCAGCGCUGGCAGGAAGGAGCGGAGCCAAGAGGGUCAUGAAUGCCAGAGAAAAGAAGAUUCAGAUUGACGACUGUACUAAACUCACUGAUCAUCUCCUCGUGGUGCUUCCUAAGUUACUGUGCAAGUUUUCAGGUAGUUGUGACGUUGUUGCCUCCCUGUUGAAGAUCCCUCAGUACUUCCUCCCUGAGUGUCCUGAAGCUGAAAACACACAGGCAGUUUCCUCCUUGACGGCGGAGAUGGGAGCUGCUCUGGAGCGCCACUCGAGCCCUGCUGUUCUGGAGGCUGCAGCCCGCACCUACCUCAGUCUGUGCGGGGAGGAGACGGCAUGGUGCUCAGCGGCCCGGGCUGCCAGGGACGCUCUGGUUCAGUGCUGGGUGGACCAACUGGCAGCACUGCUGGGGGACUCACUGAAGGGUGAAAGCCCAAGUUUCUCUGCUGACGAGGCGAAAACUGGAGAAAUUUUAGCCACAUUGAAGAAACUCCGAGCGUUCCACAACUGUCACGACCUCCUGAGGUGGAACCUGUUUGAGCUGUUGUCUCCUCUCCUGUCAGCGGAGGACAGUAAUGGAGCAGCACCACCCAAGGUGCUGCUGGAGGUGCUGCAGUGUCUGUCUUACUGCAUGCUCUGGUCUCUCAACACCAGUCAUGAAACUUUGACCUCCAGAGAGAGAGCCGUGGCCCAGAGACUCCAGCUGCGUCUCUUCUGUGAGAGAGGUCACCACCUUCUCUCCCACGCUGACCACAGUGUGCAGCAGCAGGCUUUUCUGGGCGUCUGUGACGUUCUGACGGCUCAUUCCUACCAGCUACACGUGUGGGAUCCCACCUCCUUCGGUCCACUGUUGUACACUCCCAGUCCCAAACUGCAGAGGGCGCUGUUGACCUUUGUUUGCACACACAUCUUUGUCGGAACGGACUGUGACAGCCAGAGUGGUGUCAGUGAAAGCUCUGAAGUGGAGAGGCUGGAGGACCUUCACAGACGCAGAAAUCUGCUGGCGGCCUUCUGCAAACUGAUAGUGCAUGGAGUGCUGGAGAUGAGCAUGGCGGCUGAGGUCUUCAUGUACUACAUGAAGUACCACAACGACUUCGGAGACAUCAUCAAAGAGACGAUGUACAGGACCAGACAGAUGGAUAAGAUAGAGAGUGCCCGUACACUGGUGCUCUGUUUGCAGCAGCUGUUUGCUCGUCUGAAGCGAGAGCAGGAGAGCGGCGGCAGGGUUCACCCAGGAGUCCAGACCUUCACCAGCAUCAAAGAGCUGGCCAGGCGCUUCGCCCUCACGUUCGGGGACCUUGUCAAGUUUCGUGAAUGCGUUGUCAUGAUCCACAGGAACGGCAUCGAGUUUGUGUUCCAAGAGUUCAGUCAGACCCCAGACACUCCUACGCCACCGUACCUCUCCUACCUGACCAUCCUCAGUGAGUUCUCCAGCAAACUCCUCAAACCAGACAAGAAAACAGUGUUCUCCUAUCUGCAGAAACACACUGCAGAGCACAUCAUUAACCUCAGGGAGGAGUGCUGGCAGCCACUUAUCUACUACCGUGCGUCUCUGUUGGCUGUAGCUGAAGGAGAGGAUGCUGCGUCCUAUGUGAGCUCUGACAGGAAGCCCAAUCGCUCUCCUUUCUCCAAACAGAAAAUUGAAGGGAGCAAGUCCCCGUGUCCGUUCAGCUCUGUUGAGUCCAAAGUUGUCAAAGCUCACAGGUCCAGCUUCAGUCCAAGCCAUCAGGAAAAGACGACCGACGCGGAUCCGUUUUCUGUCCCCGUGGAACCUCCUGCAAGAAGAUUAAUCAUGGAGGGAUCCGUCCUCAGCAACGAGGUGGACGACGACACUGUGGAUGUUGAACUGUAACAGUUAUCAGGAGGUCGGAGGAGAAUUGGUGCUUCUGUCUGGAUGACGAGACCAGGAGACCUCACACUGGACGUCACUAACAUUGAGUGAGACGUAUACCUUUUUUUGUUUCUCCUCUGUUUUGAUGUGCAGAUGUACCAGUGUCCUCUUUUUUUUUUUAUAACAUAUUUUGAAAUGCAGUAUAAUAUGUUUUCUAUGAGGGUAUAGUUUCAAAGGAUACGUCUGUGAUAUUCUCUUUUUCUUAUUGUCAACAAGUCUCAUGAAAAGACCAAUUUAUCCUACUAAUUAUAAAGUGAUUAUUUGUGCCAAAGUCUGAUGUAACCUCAGUUGUUACCCACAAAGUAUUAAAAGCAUGUUAAUUAAUUAAUUAUCCUGCAUUACAAAGAACAAGGGAACUGUAGUUCACUUUGAACCAAUCCCACAUUCGCUUUACUCCCUGACAAGACACUUUUUUUUUGGUAAAAGACCCCUAAAUUGACCCUUGGCUAAGCCACGCCCCUUUAUGAUGGACCACUGAGCUGCUGAAGCUAGCAUGCAGCCCAUAGUCACAAUCUGCACUCAAGAAAGGUUAUCAAAAUCUCAGAAAAAUUGAAAAGUGUUCCUGUAAAGCAGUGUUGAUCCUUAUUCACACAGCAAAAGCAGUAUGCCCAUACAUUAAGUGUACCUUCAGUAGCUAGCGUAGCAUAGAAGCACUAACUUAGUAACGUUACGUGUAACGUUUAACGCAUGUCUCCUACCGACCUCUCCAGGUAACAAGUAUCACUAUCACAUGUCCCCCCAAGAAUGUUUAACCAUGGCUAGCUCUAAAUCUACAAACUCAGCCUGAAAACGAAGAAAUUCUGACACAGUUGCAUGAGUGAAUGGAGCACAGCUGUGUUGUUGUCAGACCCUACGCUAGAGCUAGCCAAUGCUACGCUGUGAUUGGCCAGUCUGUGUUUGAGGGCGGGGCUUAGCAAAGGGUCAUUUGAUAGGAUUUCGCUUCAGGGAACUUUAUCUGAAAAUAUUUUAGUCGUUAGGUUUGAUUCGGAUCAGGGAAAGUGAAACCAAUGAUCAGAAUAGAAAAUCUUUCGUUGCGUAAAACAAUUUGUGCGAGGGAAUUACAUGUGAAGUCAAUGUAAAGAUGCGAAUUCCUGCUGGGCAGUGCGAUAGGUGCGAUUUCAUGACGUUCCCUUAUUUGCAAAAGUUGAAAAAUCUGAACUCCAGCGACCAAUUAAACCGCAAUAGCCAAUCAGCAUUGAGAUCCUCCAGGGAUGUUCGGAUGAUGAUGUUCAGUGAUUUCACGCAUGUAUGACACAACUUAUUUGCACGUGUGAAAGGAGUCGCCACAAAAUAUUCUAGUGUUCAAACUUGUUACUAGCGAAAACUUGCAUCCCAUUUGGUGUGAACACGACAUUAUGACUCAUCGGUCUCCCUUCUACAGUGAAUUAAAUAGUGCAAUUAAACUUUUCCCCAUUUUCUGGGGACCCUCUGGGACUCCCUCUAGGACCCUUGUGGGUCCUCUGACCCCUGGUUAAGAACCACUGAACUAGCACUCCAAAUAUGUAUUUAUUUGCGGCUGAAAACAGUCCCCAACAAAUGCACUUUCACUCCUGUUGGGAGAAUAAUUUGCUACGUAAAAACUGCCCAGCGGUUAAUUACUGAAUGUAUUUAUUUAAAAGUGUAAACUAAAUAUUUAUGAUCUGUUUUUACGAUGUAAAGUAUUUUCAUGGGACUUGUUACAGAGAAAGUUAUAGAAUAACGCUCCUUAUUCUUUAAAUAAUGUCAGAUUAAGCUCAUAUAUUUUAUUUACCGACACCUUUUAUUUCAGGACCAAGUGUAUCAGUGUGUGUAAAGAUUUUCCUUCACAUUCACAUCUGUACUGUACUUGAAUUUUACAAGUGACAAUGAUCCAUUUUUUCAUUUUACAUUCGUGUCACACUCAGGUCCAACAUUUGUCUGAUUGUCUUGUAGAGUACAUUAAGACUUUUGCUUUAUUGUAACACCUGCCACUUUAUUAUUGCUCCUUAUAGGAAACGGUUGGGUUUAAGUUUGCCAAAAACUUCCUAUGUAUCGCU